GAUGGUGAAGCCGUCGCACGCCGCGCCAUCGAGCGUUUCAACGGCGCCUGGGUGGACAACCGGAGGAUUCAGCUCGAGCUGGACCCGAAUCCGCCAAAGAGCUUCCUGUCCUGUGUGUUCUUCCACAACGUCACGUGGACGACGACUGCGGCAGAGCUGAAGAGAAAGUUCGGUGGCUAUGGCACUGUGGAGGAGUUCGAGCUACGGGUGAAGCCCAACGGCCGGUCUCUGGGGAUGGGAACCUGCAGGUUCUCCUGCUCCAAGGAGGCCAAGAACGCCAUCGCCAGCCUCGAUGGGCAGAUGCUGCACGGCAGAAGGCUCUACCUUUGCCGCUACGACCCGAUUGGAGCUGGUCGAGUGCAGGCAAGCCGCCCCUGGGAGAACUGCGAGCCUGUGGGAGCCUUAAGUCUUAAGUCAGAGAGUCCCAGAGCGUAUGCCGGCUUGAGGAAUGCGGACAUCCUGCUAGGCGUGUGGGGACUGGAUGCCUUGCUGCGCUGCCGCUCGGCGGAGGGCGCGGUCUCGCCGCUGCUCCUGCAGGUUCCUCGCGGCUACGACGCCAGUUUGUGGCAAUGGGCAGGCGCUGCAGAUGACGAGGAGGAGCUGCGAGUGGAUGAAGACGGCAAGCUCCACGGCUGCAGCCAUAG